GAAGCGGCCGUGCCGGCCGGGGGAAGGGGCGGCGCUGCCGGGCGGUGCUGCCGGCCCCGCUCCGCUCUCCGUGCCGGGUCCCGCCGGGCCUGUGCCCGGGUCCCCGCGGCCCAGCCAUGGGCGGUGCCCCUGCCCGGUACCUGGUGUUCUUUCAGUACUUUGGCACCAGGUACAGUGGGGUUAUGGAGACCAAGAGUGAUCAGGCCCUGGUUGGAGUCCAGAAUUAUCUGGAGAAGGCAGCCGAGCAGCUGAAGCCCAGCGCUCCCAUCAAGUUCCACAUCUCCAGCCGCACGGACAGCGGCGUGCACGCCCUGGCCAACGCCGCCCACCUGGACAUCCGCAGGGCGCCGGGCAAGGCGCCCUUCACCGCGCAGCAGCUGCUGCAGGGGCUCAACCACCACCUGCGGCCCGAGCCCAUCCGCAUCCUCAGUGCCCAGCGGGUUCCCAGCACCUCCCA